CGACACAAUCGACAACUUGCAACACCGUUACACCGUCUCUGCCUUUUAUUUUCCCCCUUGUCACACUCAUCUCUUCAUCUACCCGACUCGGCAUCGCAUCACACACAAACAUUGCAUUUGCCCCGCCAUCGCCCUCGUUCGCUUGCUUGUCUUGACUUGUCCCAUCGACUCCACCUACCUUUGCUGCCCCGAAACACGUCUGCCUGUAACCCCGACAAUCGUCGCCCCCCCGCCAGCCGCCAUCACACACACAUAACCCACACACGCCCUGCGACAACGGCCGACGGGCCGCAAACACCGUCUCGCAGCUCAUCCAUCGUCAAUGGCGACAGCGCCGCUCGGCGCCGACAAUGUCGUUCGUACUAACCGAGGCACAUAUUCGGUUCAACCAGCGGAUGUCUUCGGUCGCCGCUGGUGUGUCCAUCGUAUGCUGCCUCGCCGUCCUAUGCCUGGCCGCGUGGGCAUGGACAGUCCCCCGCGCCAGGGGCUGCCUUGACCGAAUCAGCUUUCGCCUGCUACUCUGGUCCUUGGGCUUUGAGCUCAUCUACGACACGGUGUACAUUACAGUAUGCCUCUGGACCAGUGUUGCAGGCACCAACAGCGCGUGCAGCGCGGGCAUCUACUUCAUGAUGGCCACAAUGGGCGUUGUCAACUACCUCUGCACCUUCAUCGCCAUCAACCUCGCCGUCACAAUCGUCUUUGGUCUCAACCCCAUCAUGCUCAAGCUCGAGCGGUGGUACGUUGGCAUCUCCAUUUUCAUGGGCAUGUUCGUCCCCAUCAUCCCGGCCGGUCUCGGCCAUUUUGGCAAAGACCCCCUUUUAGGUGUCUGCUGGAUCCAAGCCAGCAACGACCAAGCCCGCAUGAGAAAUUUCGUCCUCGACCUUUAUCUCUGGCAGCUGUUGUCGUGCGCGAUCGCUUCAGUGGCUGUCAUUGCGACCCUCGUUACUCUAUUUAUGCAAGGUCGCGCAACGUCUCGCGCUUUGUUCGGCGGGGAUAGCAUCAACAUCGACCUGAGCGAGACUUCGAACGCUUCCGAACCAUCAAAGACCCACCGUGUAGGCCUGGUCGCGCGGCUGUUUCGCCGAAAGCGUCACUCGCACCACCAUGAGCGGACCUUUGGUCACCUCGAGGACAGGUUCAUCCGUAUCGCUAUCCGCAUCUCUGGCUAUCCCAUUACGCUGAUUAUCGUCAAUGGAAUCAUCAGUGUUGCCGACCUGUACAUUUCCAAGGUGGGCGGCGUUCACAGCCGAAGUGUGUAUGGCCUCUAUGUCCUGUACUACUUCCUGUAUGGCGGGCGAGGCAUCUUCUUUGUCUUUGUCAGCGUAUUCAUCGACCCCUGCCUCAUGCGAGGACUCCGCGCUGCGUGGGAGGUGAAGCGAUCCGCUCGCAAGUCGAUCCCAUCCGAUGUCGAGAAGAAUGGCAAGGAAGACUUUCCGUCAUCGGACGCUCCAGGCAUUCACACGCCAUACGCGACCAUGCAAGACCCCUCUACCGCACAACAGCAUACUCUGGACCUGAUCGGUCUCAAGAUGUCGCCACAUGGAGGGCCAUCAAGUAUGGGACAAGAGUCGGUGACUGCUACGUCUUCCCAACUGCCCGGUGGAAGACCUCGCGCAAACUCGGACGGCUCGAUGGACGUUCUCCAGGCCCUCUUCCUCUCUGGCCCUCCCGAAGAAGAGCACCAAACGUGGCGCACAACAGAGUGGCACGCAGGAGAUGUCGGUGACCCAGGAACUGUGUCUUACGGUGGCGAGUCGCGACGCGGCUCCAGGAGGCUAUCGGCGCCCAUCAAGCGCUUCCUCCGACGCGCGAGCAAGGUCAGCAGCAACCAGACGGAUGCCCCCUCUUCCGAGGCAGGAGAGAAGGCUACAGAAGAAGGCUCCUCUGUUGGCGGCAAGACACCAAAGCCGACUUCGCCCCAGAGCGUCACAGUCCCCCUCCCGUCGAGCACAGCCGCUCCUGUGUUCACACAGAGCUUCACCCCAGCGGCGCCACAGUUUACCAUCAACUUUGCUGGCGUGCCUGCCGAUGCCAUGCCCGACUGGUUAAACGACGAAGCGGAUGAUGUGGUGGCUCCCGACGCAUUGGAAGCUGCGGCAGCUGUUUCGGAGCUUGAGCGUGUCGUCGCACCUCUCGAGCACCACGUAGCUAUUCCGACCGGCUCGCCAUUGGCGGCACUGGCCCGUAUCGACGACGCCUCGCGCAAGCUCGCGCGCGUCGAGGAGCGCGUUGGCUCCAGGACGCCCAGCACAGCAUCAGGAACGCCUCACCUGAGUCGCGCGGCGUCGCGCAACGAACCUCCACCCACCGAACGCAAGUCGGCAUCCCUAGGAUCGCGUAGAGCUUCGUUACGCCUCGGACCAGGCUACCUCCGCCGAGACUCGUUUGGCAACGGGCCCAACAGCCCUCUGGGCGGGACGCACGAGGAGAGGCGCCAGCGCCGCGAGCGCGCCCGCGAGAUUGCCGAGAAGCUCUACGAGGAGAUUGAGGCGCAGCUCUAACCUUUGGGACAGUCAGACUGCCACUUCCAUACACGCGAUUGUCUGUCCUUGUGUUGUACACUUCUUUCAAGCUUUAGAAAUUUGGGGUAAUGGCAUAUCAUCA